GCAGGUUUCCUUGGAGCAGCCGACGAAGCCACCAGGGCCGGGCAUGCCCCUCCGUGCGCUUGCAGGCUGACGGGCCGCCCGGCUCUUUCCUCACCGCCGAAGCCAUGCGGGCAGCCGGGCUGCUCCUCGCUUGGGUGCUGCUGCGUCCUGCUGGCGCCCAGCAGUGCCUCCCCAGCAGCCCUGCUGGUGUCCUCCGCUUCACCGACACCCAUGCUGAAAUCCGAGUGCCGGCGCUGCACCGCGUGCCCAGCUCUCUUGACCCCCUCUAUGGCCUCGUCCGACACUACCUGGACCUCAUCCAGCAGAACCCCCUACCCACAGAGCUUCUCAGGGCAGCCUUGAACAACCCCAGCUCAGUGCGGGCAUCACAGGUGGUGCAGUACGAGCUGGGCUACGUCAUUUGUGCUGCGGUGGCUCUGCUCUUCACUGUGGCUGUGCCGGUGGCAGGGCUGUGCUUCUGCUAUUGCCGGAGUCGGCGGCGGUGCGGGGGCCGCCUGCGUGCCCACCGGCGUUCCCUGGCCUGCCGGCGCCGCUGCCUCCUUGUCUGCCUCUCCAUCACCUCCAUCAUCAUCCUGACCAGCGCCAUCUGUGCCUUGGUCACCAACCAGCGAGUGAAGGAGCAGAUGGAGCCGGGGCUCGGUGCUGUGCCGGCCACGCUGCGCACACUGCGGCAGCACAUUGCCAACAUCCCCCAGGGCGUGCAAAUGGCAGUGGACCAGUUUGAAGUGCCCCGGCAGCAGAUAAUCUCUGACCUGGGGGGGGUGAGCCGCAGCGUGGGGCUCUCCAUCCACACACAGCUGAAGGCAAUGACCUACGCAGCACUGGCAGACCUGCAGGACAGGGCAGGAGACCUACAGACCUCGCUGCACCAUUUACAGAUUCUCAACAAGACGGUCCGAGUGCUGACAGAGGCACGGGCUGAGCUGGAGCCGGCACUGCAGGAGCGACGGCAGCGUGUGGUCGCACUCCUGGACGAUCCGCGCUGCACCUCCUGUGCCAGCGUGCUGGGCAGGGCACAGAGCCUGCAGCUGGGUGCUGACUACAGCAAGGUGCCCUCGGUGGAGAAGGUGUUGAAGACGUUGGCUGGUCUGCCCCGAAGUGACUUUGCAGAGAUGAUUCGGCAGGGCAAUGGUACUUUCAAUUCUAUCCCAGAGCUGGCUGUGGAGAGGAUGGCACAAGUGAUCCAGGAGCUGAGGGAGGAGAUGGCCCAAGUGUCAGAGAAGGUGCAGACCAUAGCCGAUGGCUUCCCCCUUCCUGACUACACCCGGCACGUCAACAAAGCCCUGCUGAAGGCAGAGGACAGGAGUCAGCCUUUCCUCCGGGAGGUGGAGCGCUUCGAGUGGUACAGGUGGGUUGCAGGCACGGCGCUGUGCUCCAUCGUCCUCCUCAUUGUCGCCUGCAAUGUGGCUGGGAUGGCUCUGGGUGCAUACGGACUGUCCAAGCGGGAGGACCCAAGCGACUACGAGUGCCGAGGAGAAGCCGGUGCCAAGUUUCUCCUGAUCGGCGUGGGCCUGGGUUUCCUUUUCUCCUGGCUCCUCAUCCUCAUGGUUUUCACCACCUUCGUGGUUGGGGGCAACGUCCAGACGUUGGUUUGCAGGAAUUGGGUCAACCAGGAGAUUUACAAGUUUAUUGACACCCCUGGGAACCUCCCUCCAUCCCUGAACCUCACCCAGCAGCUCAACCUCAGGAGGGAUUCCAACCUUACUGCUGCAUACCGGGAGUGCAAGAGUGGCGCGGGGCUGUGGGAGGUGCUGCAGCUGGAGAAGUCCUACGACCUGGAUGAGCACCUCAAAAGCCCUAAGUACACGGCCAACUUCCAAAAACGCCUGGCUGACUUUACGGCACAGCUGGGGGAUGUGCGGCUGCUCCGCAGUGAGGGCAGGAACGACCUGGAGACCUUUGCCCGCAGCGGUGUGGAUGAGGUGGACUAUAGGAGCUUCCAGGAGGAGAUGAAGAUCCCUGUGGUGCAGACCAGCCUCCCUGCUCUGGCUCGGAGCCUGGAGGGGCUGCAGAAGAUGCAGAGGAACGGCACGGUGGCAGGACGGCUGGCUGCUGAGGCCAAGGCUCUGUGGCGGAUGCAGAACUCCACGGUGCAAACUCAGGAGGCGCUGGUGGUGAAGCUGGGAGAAAGCGUCCGGUUCCUUUCACGCUUGGCACCACACCUUCAGGACCGAGUGAAGACCACACUGGCCACCAUUGCAUCAGUGGAAGCCCGGCUGCCUGUGCAAGCCCAGCAGAUCCUCCGGCAGGAGAUUGGCUGCUUCACAAGGAAGGAGCUGCGCUACUUUGCACAGUACCUGCACUGGGUCGGACAGACGCUGAGGGAGGAUGUGGCUUCGUGCCAGCCUCUCGCCACAGCCCUUGACAAUGGGAGGGUGAUCCUGUGUGAUCGCAUUGCUGACCCCUGGAAUGCCUUCUGGUUCAGCCUGGGGUGCUGCACCUUCUUCCUCAUCCCCAACAUAAUCUUUGCCAUCAGGCUCACCAAGCAUUUCCGCCCCAUCCGCAACCGGCUCAUCUCUACAGGCUCAGAGGAGACCUGUCCCUUCCACAUCCCUCGUGUCACGGCGCUGAAGCUCUAGGUCAGGUUCUGCAGGGACACCCGUCUCCAUGCACUGUAGGACUCCAGGUCCUUGCAGCAUCUCUUCCUCGGUGUCUGAGUACCACCAGGGACCUCCCUGGAGCCUGGCUGACCAGGGACCUCAGGCAGCGUCCCUGCAGCUCCCGCUGACUGCUGGCUCUCCUGCUGCACACGCAGACCCCGCUGCGAUGCAUGCCUGGCUCCCUCUCGCCCACUGCAGCCCUCCUGCAGCAGCGCCCUGCAAUGCUUCUCCACUCCUGGGAUGGAGCACAU